AUGAAACCGUUCAAGCCACUCACGUUUGUGAGACGGCCAGACGUGUCAUCUGGGCAGCGAGAGCCAAUUCUCGAGCCACCGGCAAAGAAGCGGCGAAUCAGCGAUGAAACCCCCGAAGAGCAUAUCGCCAGCGUGAAGGCCGCAGCGAAUGCCCUGAAGACUCCGCAUCCGCCCAAGUUAUUCCAAGCUCCCGUCAGAAAGCCAUUGGAAAUUGUCCAGAAUCCAAAUGGUUCGCAUCCAACGCCUUCGCCCGCUCACACGGAACAUACGAAGUACUACACCGUUCUUUGGCGAAAGAUCACCACCAAAAAGAACAAGACCUGGGAUGGCGAUGGUGUACUCGCCGUCUCCAAUGGAUCCGCCACUCUGCAAGAUGUAUCCGGAAAAGACAUCGGCAGGACCGUCUGCAAGCGGCCGCUCGACAUCGGUUCGGAGCUCUCCAUCAGCGGCAAGGAAAUCGAGAUUGAAUCUGUGCUCUCCAAGGACGAAUUCCUCGCCACUCGACCAUCAAAGAAAGCACAGCAGCCGCAAUCAAACCUCAAAGCGAGUAAAUCGGAUCCAAGGUUGUCUUCAUCUGCGACAAUGCCUCACCCUGCUGUCGAAAGGCAUCGCUCCAUUCCAGCGUUGCCGUCGCGCAACCCCACCAACGCAGCCUUCAAAGCUCCAUUGAUGCAUGGUAUGGCUCAGGUUGUGCCUCCGAGAGAUGGUAAGCUACCCACUCCCCGCCACGAUCCGAAUCGCCCAAAUGCGCUGGUGAUGAAACGACCACGCCAUGCACCAAAAGGCAAGCAGAUUGUGGAUGUCGUAGUAGACCCUCUACUGUCUGACAAGCUGCGUGAACACCAGCGGGUCGGUGUCUCCUUCCUGUACGAAUGUGUAAUGGGGAUAAAGGACUACGACGGCGAAGGUGCGAUUCUGGCCGAUGAGAUGGGCCUUGGCAAGACUCUGCAGACCAUCGCUCUCCUGUGGACGUUGAUGAAGCAGAACCCGAUCCACGAAGAACCGCCGGUCAUCAAGAAAGCGCUCAUCGUCUGUCCCGUAACGCUGAUUAACAAUUGGCGCAAAGAGUUCCGCAGAUGGCUCGGGACCGAGCGGAUCGGCGUGAUGGUUCUCAAAGACAAAAAGACCAAGCUCACGGACUUCACCAAAGGCAGAAGCUACUCCGUCAUGAUCAUCGGGUAUGAGAAAGUGCGCAUGGUCCAAGAGGAGCUGCAGCAAGCUUCCGGCUCGGGAAUCGACAUUGUCAUCGCGGACGAAGGCCAUCGGUUGAAGACUGCACAGAACAAAUCCGCCCUUGCCAUCAAAUCGCUAAACACCGAACGGCGCAUCAUCCUCAGCGGUACGCCGCUUCAGAACGAUCUCGGCGAGUUCCACACAAUGGUCGACUUUGUCAAUCCAGGCUUGCUCAAAAAGUACUCUGCAUUCAAGCGUGAUUUCGAGAACCCAAUCGUCAGGAGUCAGCAGCCUGGAGCAUCUCCCGACGACAAGGAGAAAGGCGAGGCCCGUGCAGAAGAGCUGGCCACUCUCACUGGCAAGUUCAUUCUCCGGAGAACGUCCGACAUCCUCUCAAAGUACUUGCCGCCCAAGACAGAGUAUGUCCUCUUCUGCAAACCAACGGGAGCGCAACGUGCGGUAUACCGCGCCAUCCUACAAUCACCCGUCUACAGCGCCGCUUUGGGAUCCUCUUCUUUGACCCUCGAACUCAUCAACAUCCUGAAGAAGGUCUGCAACAGCCCGAACUUGCUCCUCAAGAACUCCAAAGAUGGAGGUGCGAUGAAAGCCGAGCUCAUGGAGUGCAUCCCACAGGCAUCGUUGAAAUCGUCUGGCGCCAGUGGAAAGCUGCAAGUGCUUGACUCGCUGCUCCAUCAGAUGCGUAAUACGACUGAUGAGAAGGUGGUCCUGAUCAGCAACUAUACCUCUACGCUCGACAUCCUCAGCAAUCUUCUGACGUCUCUGUCGUACAAAUUCCUGCGCUUGGACGGAUCGACACCAGCAAACCAGCGACAGGACCUGGUGGACCGAUUCAAUCGCUCCUCCCAGCGCGACUGCUUCGUCUUUCUCCUGUCUGCCAAAGCAGGAGGGCUCGGGCUGAAUCUCCACGGCGCAUCUCGACUCAUCCUCUUCGACGGAGACUGGAAUCCAGCGACGGACCUACAAGCCAUGGCGCGCGUGCAUCGAGAAGGCCAAAAGCGAGCGUGCUACAUCUACCGCUUGCUCACGAAGGGAGCAUUAGAUGAGAAGAUCUUCCAACGCCAAGUGAGCAAGACUGGAUUGGCGGACAGCAUUGUCGACGGCAAGAAUGGCGUCAGUGGGUUUACGCGGGAAGAGCUGCGUGACCUCUUCCGUCUGGACGACGGCGAGGGGUGUCAAACGCAUAUUCUGUUGGGAUGUACGUGUGGCGGGCGAGGAAUGCCAAUGGUUGAGCCGGAAGAAGAUGUGAUUUCACCGCGCAACGAUCUUGCAGCCUUGAGUAGCGGCGGAGACGACAUUGACCGAGAUGAGAACGGGGUGGAAAUUGUUCACCUCGAGGACGAUGCCCAACCUUCGUCAUCCAGCAGACGUUCGUGGAUGAGCGGAAAGGAGUAUAGCUCGCAAGCUGAAAGUGAAGCCAAAGAUCCAAUGGUGGCAAGGGCGAAGAUGCUGAGUCUGAUGCAGUAUGCGCACUUUGACACUUCACUCGUCCCCGAACGCGCUGCUGAGGACGAAAUGGAUGAUGGCGAUGCGCUGGAGGGAGUCAUUGAGGACGCUGUUCUUCGCAGCGUGCUUCGCGAAAAGGGUGGUAGAGUUGGUUUUGUGCUCAGCAAGCUGAGCGGUUAG